UCUUUGAUCCUCUGAGAAGUCACUUGCAAUAAUGGCAGCCCUCGUCAAAUUCUUUUUGCUCUUUUCCCUUCUUCAUAUCGUCUUCUUAACAAUGUCUACAAGGUCAGUUGUCAUGGCGUCGCCACCGGCCGUCAAAGGAGCUUAUUAUUCUUCAGACCCGACGGUUUUCCCACCAUCGGCCAUAGAUACAUCCUUGUUCACUCAUAUUUACUAUGCUUUUCUCAUGCCAAGUAACGUCACUUAUAAAUUCGAGAUAUCAAGCUCGACAGCUCUACUGCUGUUAAAUUUCACCACCACCCUGCUCCACAGGAGUCCUCCGCCGGCAACCCUUUUCUCCAUCGGUGGCGGCGGUUCUGAUUCGAAUCUGUUUUCUUGCAUGGCGUCGGACACAAAGUCACGUAAAGCUUUCAUAACUUCGGCUAUGGAUGUCGCACGAAAGUUCGGGUUUGAUGGGAUGGACUUGGACUGGGAAUAUCCUAGCAACCCCAAAGAGAUGAAAAAUUUAGCCCUUUUGUUUAAGGAAUGGCGACGAGCUAUCAACGUUGAGGCGGCUAAAGAACCAGGCCGUGCUCCUUUACUUCUUACGGCGGCCGUGUAUUUCUCGGUCGACUUUUUCUUAGAUGCAGUCGACAGAAAAUACCCAGUCCGGGCUAUUAAUCAAAAUCUGGAUUGGGUUAAUGCAAUGUGUUACGAUUAUCAUGGUGGAUGGAACACUUCGAUUACAGGAGCCCCUGCAGCGCUUUAUGACUCGAACAGUAAUGUGAGUACCAGUUAUGGUCUUAGAUCAUGGAUCAAAGCUGGGGUUGAUAGGACCAAACUGGUUAUGGGAUUGCCACUUUAUGGGAGGACUUGGACAUUAAAGGACCCGAGUUUUCAUGAGAUCGGAUCGACUGCAGUUGCAGUAGGGCCAGGAGAUGCAGGGGCGUUAACGUUUAUGCAGGUAGAAGAGUUCAAUAAGAAGAAUGGUGCCAUUAUAGUGCAUGACAUGGAUAGUGUAUCGACAUAUUCUUAUGCUGGUUCGACUUGGAUUGGGUAUGAUGAUGAUAUAGCAGCAAUGUUGAAGAUUGGGUUUGCACAAGCACUUGGGAUUCGUGGAUAUUUCUUUUGGUCUCUUGGUUCUGAUAGCCUGUGGAAAAUAUCUAGACAAGCUUCAAGAGCGUGGGUUGUUGGUGAAUGAAGAUUGAAGCUUUCUUGGUAUCUGUACAAGCACUACCAGAAUGGAACUGUUGUGGAAAAACAUGGUUUAAAGCUAUAUAUAAUAUAAUCCUUCAU